CUCCGGUUCGAUCGCAUUGAAGGAAAAGACGCAGAUGACUUGUCACCGACAGGCAAGGGAGACGAUCUGGUCUAUGACCCGUCGCUCCUGAUGUUUGCGGUUUGGGAUGACGACAAGAAUCCCAGUUGUGCCAGUGCCAACAUCAGCGACCCCGGUUUCCGUGGAUAUCUCUACCUGGAUCUGUUCUACCGCCCGCCCUUUAAGAGUACCGAUGGCGGGUUCGAGAACAUGUUCUCCCCGGGGUAUCGCAAACCCGACGGCACUUUACAUUAUCCGUCCGUGCGUGUCAUCACCAACUUCAUCCGGUCUGAAAACGAGGCUCUGAAGCCGUCUUUGAUAAAAUACAGCGACCUGGGAGUCGUCUUUCAUGAACUCGGGCACGGCAUGCAUGAUCUACUCUCCGUGACCAACUUCACGCGCACGCAUGGGACGUUCGGCGUUCCAGUUGACUUCGUAGAGUUCCCGGCGCAGUUCAUGGAGAACUAUCCGCGUAGACCGGAAGCGGUCAAACGUAUCGCUAGGCAUUGGUCAUCCUUAUCGCCGCAAGCUGCCGAAGCAUGGAGGAAAGAGCAAUCGGACCCGAAUGCUCCUCUUCCCCCAGCGACCCUGCCUGAUGACAUAGCCGCCAAUGUGGUCAGCACCAGCCUCGUCCGCAGAUCUCUCGACCAGAUGCGCCUGGUUGCCUUCUCUACCAACGAUCAACAGGUCUUCCAAGCCACCAGUAUCGACGAGAUCAAUAGCACUGACUAUGUCGCGAUUUUCAACGACAAAUUCCGCAACCUGACCGGGCUCGAAGAUCCCUCCGAUCUGGGACAAGGAGAUCGAUGGGGCUAUCCCGCACUCAGCUUCACGAGCUACGUAAACCAGUACGGAGGCAGCCUGUACACGUAUCUUUGGUGCCAGAGCUACGCUGAGGACGUCUUUGCCACCAAGUUCGCGGCCGAUCCAUUCAAUAGUGACGAGGGCAUGCGAUACCGCACGCAAGUCUUGCAGUACGGUGGUGCGAGAGAUCCUGCGGAGCUGUUGAGAGAGUAUCUCGGCCGUGAUCCGAAUCUCGAGGCAUUUAUCAAGUUCGCCAAUGGACAGAUCUUCUGAGCACUUCGGCGACCCAUGGACGAGCAGCUCGGUUUCACGAUCGAUGCUUCGGCGUGUUGUCCGACUUCGUGUGUGUUGAGGAGAUUGUGGACUGGCGCGCGUCGAGAUUGGGCACAUUGAGUUGUGAGGAUCAGCAUGAUUGCUAUAGGUCGAGGAGAACUACUGCGUGUAGCUGGGAAGGCGUUUGGUCAUCAUACUUUACUGGAACAAUGCAACGUACCUGAGGGUCUACCAGCGUGCCCUGCUAAGUUGCUUG